CUCUCCGUCUCUGUCAGUGUCUCAUCCGUCGGCACCGUCUGUCUCUGUGGGUUAAUUUCUGUGUGUGUGAUUACGUGUGUGGUGUGGGCAGGUCAGGUCAUGGCGACGAGCCUGCCAUGGCAUCCCUUACUGUCUCCUUCGAAGUCUCAAUACCUCUCUAGCCAACGACGAGCCAUAUCGACGCGCCAAGUGGCGAAGGUACAGGCUUUCCAGCGGAGCGACUUCGAUGGGUUUGCGAAAAGAGUGGCUUCCGGCGAGGCCUGGAAGGAAGCGUGGAGGAGCGCCAACGAUGGAUUCGAGCAGCUUCUCUUCGACGCUAAAAAGGCCGCAGAGCGCUUCAACCGCCGCUACUCCGUUUCGAGUCGCCUCAACUCUGUUGUCCAGUCUGCCACCGACAAGGCUCGCGAGCUUGACCGUGAUCUUGAAAUCGAACGCAGGUGGCGCACUUUCACUCUUGAUUUCUCCCGCAACUGGCCCAGGUAUAGGAGGCAGCUGAAUGGUUUUUUGGAUGCCCCGUUGGGAAGAACUUUUUCUUGUCAUCGUUCCCUACAUGUUGGCUGCGUUAAAAAUCAGCUUACAGUUCCAGCUGUUCAUCACCACAAGUCUGAGAGUAGUGAUUUUGAACUUCUCCUCCGAUACCUCUACAAAAGGAAACUGGAAGCAGCACGGUUUCUGCUUGAAAGAAUGCUUCAGACAGGCAGCUGUCGUGGGGUUGUUGGCUGGACUUCAAUGCUCUCUAAACUUGCCAAAGAAGGUUUCAUUGAUGAAGCUGAAGCAUUCUUUGAAGUCAUGCCGGAAAGGAACCUUGUCACCUAUAAUGCAAUGCUCUCUGCCUAUGUGCAUUCUGGUAGGGUAGCUGAUGCUUGUCGGUUCUUUGAAGGAAUGCCUGAAAGAAAUGUAGUGUCUUGGACUUCCAUGCUGUGUGGUCUAACACAUUGUGGAAGAAUUGCUGCUGCAAGAAACUUGUUUGAUGUUAUGCCUGAUAAGAAUGUAGUCACGUGGAAUUCAAUGAUCACAGGUUUGAUCAGAAAUGGUGAUCUAGUGGAAGCUCGAAAAAUGUUCGAUAUGAUGCCGGUUAGGAAUCAGGUUUCUUGGAAUGUGAUGAUCGCAGGUUAUGCAGAGAACUGUAGAAUGGAAGAAGCGAGAGUUCUAUUUAAUGUAAUGCCAGAUCGUAAUGUUGUCACUUGGACUACUCUAAUUGCUGGCUAUUGUAGAGCAGGUGAUCUUGACGAGGGAUAUUACAUUUUUCAGAGAAUGCCUGACAGGAAUGUUGUCUCUUGGACAGCCAUGAUAGGUGGGUUUGCUUGGAAUGGUUUCUAUGAGGAGGCAUUGUUGCUUUUCCUUGAAAUGAGAACUUCCCCAGACAUGAAACCAAAUGAAGUAACGUUCAUUUCACUGGUCUAUGCCUGUUUGGGUGUGGGUUUUCCUUGGCUGGGUAAGCAGGUACAUGCUCACCUAAUUUUAAAUGGGUGGGACUGUAACGACUAUGAUGGACGGCUGUCAAAGAGCUUAAUUCACAUGUACUCUGGAUUUGGAAUGAUGGAUUUUGCAGAUUAUAUUUUCACCAAUAACUCAAACAACUGUACUAUUCAGUCCUAUAAUUCUAUGAUAAAUGGUUUCAUUCGCAUUAGAGACUUGCGGAGAGCUCAAUCCUUGUUUGACACCAUGCCUAGUCGAGAUGAGGUAUCAUGGACUUCUAUGAUCACUGGGUAUUUUAAUGCUGGCAAUGUAUCAGAGGCAUGUUGUCUAUUUAGCAGAAUGCCCAGGAGAGAUGCUGUUACAUGGACAGCAAUGAUAUCAGGGCACAUCCAGAAUGAGCUCUUUGCUGAGGCUAUCUUCAUAUUCUCAGAAAUGCGUGUUAAUGGGAUAACACCUCUAGAUUCUACAUAUUCCUCUUUUCUUGGAGCUGCAGGUGCAAUGGCUUAUCUUGAUCAUGGCAAGCAAUUACAUGGAAUAGUGAUGAAAACACGAUACAAGCUAGAUACAACCCUUGAGAAUUCUUUGAUUUCAAUGUAUGCAAAAUGUGGAGAGAUUGAUACUGCUCAUCAUAUAUUCUCUGACCUGACAUCCCGAGAUAUUGUCACUUGGAAUACCAUGAUUAUGGGUUUUUCGCAUCAUGGUCUAGUUAACAAGGCUCUGAAGCUCUUUGAAGCAAUGCGAGAUUCAGGGAUCUGCCCAAACUCUGUUACAUUCUUGGGUAUUCUAUCAGCAUGUAGUCAUGCUGGCAUGGUUGAUCGAGGUUGGGAGAUUUUUUAUUCAAUGAGAAAGGAGCACUCAAUUCAGCCAGGAGCGGAACAUUAUGUAUCUAUGAUUGACCUUUUGGGUCGAGCAGGUAAAGUUGAGGAAGCAGAGGAGCUUGUCUUAAGUCUACCGUUUGAGCCAGGUCUUGAAGUUUGGGGGGCACUGCUUGGUAUAUGUGGGCUUGGCAAGAUGAACCCAGCAGUUGCUAGACGUGCAGCUCAACGGGUCCUUCAGCUUGACCCAUUUAAUGCCCCAGCCCAUAUAUUGCUUUGCAACAUAUAUGCAGCUAUUGGUUUGCAAUGUGAAGAGGAAAUGCUGAGAAAAGCAAUGGGAACAAAGGGGAUAAGGAAAGUUCCUGGGUGCAGUUGGUUAAUGGUAAUGGGAGAAGUUCAUAUUUUCUUGUCUGGGGACAAAUCACACCCAGAGUCCGAUGAGAUAUAUACUCUCUUGGCUGGCGAUUCUUCCAGUUUAGUUGGAGGGAGAGUAUGAAGGGGUGUUAAGGCAACAGUGGUAGCUUUGUCCUUGGUUUAUUAAAUCCGAGAUGAAGGGUGUUUGCUCUUUGCCUGAUGAUGCUGUUUCUCAAGAGCACCUUCUUCUAAAACGGGUGUUUAUCCACGAUUUCCAGGGUUAUAAAUGCAUUCCACUAAGAAGAUGCAUUAUCAUCAAGCUCAGGUAAAUGCUAGAAAUCAUAGUGAUCCUGCUGAGAGUAGCACUAGUGUU